GUCUCGAAGAUGGCGAAUUUAUCGGGACGCCUCAUUAAAAAAAAGGGAAGGAAUGGAAGGAAGAAAUCGUGUUUCUUGCUAAUAGCGGUACCCAAUCACGUGCAUAGCUCUAUCCAGCUCGCGAGACAUUUAAUCGAAAAGGGAUGUUUGGAGAAUCGUGGCUCCCCUGGGAGGAGUGGCGGAGCAGGAGGAGGAGGAGGAGGAGGAGGAGGAGGAGGUUCACGGGGUACCGGGUGUGAUUCAGGAGAGUCGCAGUCGCAGCCAUCUCGAGGAGGACGUCAUGGAGCCUCGGAAAGUUCUUCAUCGAAGGACGGUGACCUGCUUUCGCAUGCGGCUUCCGCUUUGCGUAGACUCCACUUCAAAUCCGCUGGUGGAAGUCGUAGUUGUCGUACGGUGCCAAAGGUCGUGGUCAUGGGUUCCAGUACAGCAUCUGAAACCACGAUCAACACUAGUACUGACAGCGCCAAUACUAUGGUCACCAUGGUGACGACGACGGACGGAGAACAACCGGACGACAGUUUUGACUUGAUAGACGUACCACCGGAAAUGUCGCCGCCACCUGUCGCGCCAACGUCGAAGGACACGCAAAGCAAUUCCACCGGCACGCAACAAAUCGUUCUUCCAUCGGAGAAGGUCGAUUCCAAUCACGUAGAACAUAAUUCGAAAAGCACGGUCAACGUACAAUCCAGCAGCACUGCCCAGCACGGUGCCAUGUCGCCUAUUUCUGAUAUCAUAGACGACACAGGAGCACCCCCACCCACCCCUAUGAUCGGAGCUCAUCAAGAGUGCAGGUUCACUUUUAUUAGCGGUAGAACACCACCCCUACCUGAUCUAAGGGCAGCCGAAUUUUUCAGUACUCCGGUGAGAGGCUCGGUGGAUGCCGGACAACCUGAUCCAAGUCAAAUAAGCUCAAUGCUAACAUUAAUGGCUACCAAAGAGAAACAAAAUGAGAAGAGUGCUUUGGUCAACAUUAAUUCUAAUCACACGUCAUUGAUAAAAAUUACGGAGCCCAACGAGAAAAAUUCCAACGAAACGAAACACACAGCUGGACAGAAAAAACCGAAUAUCAAUGUUACGACGAAUCCAUUGGAUAUUUCUUUGGUCGGUAGUCAACCAUCGUGUAACGCACAGACUCCGACUGGUACUACGAAUAGAAGUCGAGGAAGAUCAGCGCCAGGAGGAAGCGCCGGUGGAACAAAGAGAACGACUCAGGCGACGAUCGUGGUCCAACAACCUUCCCUCUCAUUGGACGCACCAGCUGCUACCAUUCUUCUACAUCCGGACGCGGAUGCAAGGAGACGAGAGGAGAAUAUGAGACAAUUGCUUGAUGUUGCGAACACUCUCACCCUCCAGGAGAUUCACGACUUCGAAAUGAGAUAUGGAAGUCCACAUCACAGUCGUUCGCAGUCCGUGAAAACUCCAGGUAGCCGAUCGUCCGGUCGGCCAAAUUACUUGUGUCUUCCGCAGCAAAGGUCGAGGGUAGCCAGUAUGCCGAACACAGGGGUCGAGGAAGAGUAUUAUCGGCUGAGGCAUUUCAGUAUUACCGGGAAAGGUGUGGUGAAUAGAGGCGAUUCAUUGAAAAGUCGAAGAUCCCGUUCCAACAAUAGCGUCGCAUCGAGCAACUCUAGGGAGAUUUUACGAGAAUCCAAAGCGGUUGCUUAUAGUACGGAACAUCUGACGGCUUCAUAUCCCGGUUCGGCACGAAAUUCUGCGGCGGGUUCACUCGCGAGUUCACGCGAGAGCAGUGCGUCUCAAGAUCCAGCACCUUAUCGAGUUUUAAUGCUUGGUGCACCUGCAGUAGGAAAGAGCUCCCUCGUAUCUCAAUUUAUGACGUCGGAGUAUUUACACGCGUACGACACAUCCAUCGACGACGAGUCCGGUGAGAAAACGGUGAGCGUGCUAUUAGCCGGCGAGGAGUCCGAGUUGACGUUCAUCGACCAUUCGUGUGCGGAAAUGACGCCGGAAAACUGCAUAUCGACGUACGAACCACAUGCAUAUUGUGUCGUUUAUUCGACGACAGAUCGUGCUUCUGUAAGAGUGGCUGAGGAGGUUCUCCAAGCUCUUUGGCGUAGUGACCACGUAUCGGCGAGGGCGGUCAUUCUCGUUGGAAACAAGGUCGACCUCGCUAGAAGUCGUCUGGUAUCGACCGAGGAGGGCAAAUCAAUGGCAACGUCCUAUGAUUGCAAAUUCAUCGAGACAUCCGUGGGGAUAAAUCACAACGUGGACGAACUAUUGGUAGGACUGUUGACGCAAAUACGUCUUAAACUCGAGAAUCCAGAAAGAACGCGUGAUUUAUUCCGCAAGAGAUCACGAAAGAAUCGUAGCAGAUCGCCGCUGGGCUCUUGCUCGGAGAACAACUCGCCGAAGAAGUACAGAGGUAGUCGAACGAGUACCAGCCUAAAGGUACGAAACUUGUUGGGUAAGGUUUGGGCAAGGGAUAGCAAGUCGAAAAGUUGCGAGAACCUUCAUGUACUUUAAAAGAAGAAAAAACGAUUGAACCAAAAAAAAGAAAGAAAGAAAAAAACAAUAACAAGGGAAACAAGGCCGAUCCUAAUCACGCGAUCCUAACGCGUGAUUGUAAUUCGAAAAACGAUUGAAAACGAUAUAUAUUAUUUUUUUUUUUUUGGAAAUAGGAUUAUCGGGUUGUAACGUGAGAGAAAGAAAUAAAUAGAAUGAUUUGCGUUCGAAGAAUAUUGAUGAGAGAAAGAGGGAGAAAUAAAGGGGAAGAUAAACGAACGAUUAAAUGAGAAGGAGAAAGAGAAAGAAAAAGAAAAAGAAAAUGAGAGAAUACUAACUGGUAGAAGUUAAUGACUACCUCGAGAAAAUUGUGUUCACCCGCAAAUACGUUUUUAAUCGUCCUAUCCUUUGUUUUUACUCUCCGAAACGUAGUCCAUAGGAUCGAGAACGACGCAUUUUUUGAUUGUUAUAAUGCCCGUUGCAUUUCGAACACGUUUUUUUAAAGAAAAUAAAAAAAAAAUAGGGAGAGAAAAAAAAGGAAAAAAGAGAACACGAGAAAUCGAGGCGAACGCAUUCGUCCGUUCGUUCCAUCGAAAUGCCACGGAAAAUGUUCGCGAGAGAUUCGUUUGAAUUUUUAACGAGAUAAAUAUUUUCUGCGGGAAUUGUUGUAACACGAGAAGAUGAGAAUAACGAUCGUUCCUCCGAUAAUCCUGUUUCACGCGUCUUACGAUAAUCUAUAUAUAUAUAUAUAUAUAUAUAUAUAUAUAUAUAUAUAUGUAUAUAUAUAUAUAAAAUAUAUAUACAUAUAUUAUAUAUGUAUAUAUAAAAUAAAUAUAUUAUGUAUUAUAUCUUCCUUGACCAAAGCGAUAACCAUAAGAUUGUUGUUAUUGUAUCGUAAAUAAUGUCGACUUUUUAGAAAAAGAACUGAAAGCGAGAAUAAAAGAAAGAAAGAGAGAGACAGACAGAUGAAGAAAGAGAGAAAGAGAAAGAGAGAGAACGAAAUGAAAAAUUACACAUUUAUACAUAUAAUAUAAUAUAUAUAUAUAUAUAUAUAUAUAUAUAUAUAUAUAUCAUACAUAAGAUUAGGAAUUGACGAACGAAAAGAUGUCGUCACGAUGAGAUAACGUCACAGACUAUCGAAUCUCGAAUGAAAAAGAGAAAAAACAAAGACAAAGAGAGAACGAGAAAGAAAAAGAGAGAGAUACAAGGAAGAAAAAUGAAAAGAUAAAAGCCAAAAAGGAUUCACCGUACUCUCUUAAAAUUGGAGAACAAGUUUAUAAUAGUAAAAACUAGUUGGAAUUGUUCCAAAUUUCUUGGAACUCCCACGACAUUUUUUUCUGCUUACUUUGAACGACCUCGCAGCCGAAAUAUGUAACAGAACGAGAGAACUUCGUUCGUUUUAUAUACAUACGUACUUACAUACGUGCAUAGAUAUACACAUGUACACACGCACACAUGUACACUUUCGUACACGUACAAAAAAAUAUAUACAUACAUACAUACAUAUAUACACAUACACACAUACACAUACAUAUGUAUACCUGUGCUUUUCUAGGAAAAAAAAAUAGAAAAGAAAAAAAAGACAAAUUGGAUAAUACCAGUAUGGCGACCGAUUAACAAACGACCGACAUGCUUUCUACACGUUUUGUAUACAUAGUAACACACGUAUAUAGAUUCCGAAUACGUCAUUGUUAGGUAACUUAUCAAACGUUGGCGAAAAAAAAAUCUGUCUGUGUUUGUGUGUAUGUGAAUGUGUGUGUGUGUUGUGUGUGAGCGCGCGUGCGCACUCGUUUUCUCCCUUGUAACACUUGCAAAACGCGGGAGAUAAACUAUCGUACAUAUGUCAAGUUUUAACAAACGGCACAUCUGCCGUAGCUCGAUUUGUUAUUCUUUGCUUUCGAUCAAACUACGCAAAUUUUUUAAUUCAGACGUUAGAAAAAAAUAGAGAGAGAGAAAGAGGGAAAGAUAGAUAGAUAGAAAGAAAGAGGGAGAAAAAUGAUGCAAUAAAACAAGAAGAAGAGAGCGAUUUAUUUUUUUCUUGCAAUAGCUUACAUCGUAUAUUUAUACUUAUACUUCGUUUUUUGUAUAUUAUAUAUAUAUAUAUAUAUAUAUAUAUAUAUAUGUAUUUUUAAUUUAAAUUUAUUUUCAAUUAUAACGAUCAAAAGUUAUAAAUGUAUAGAAUAAAAGAAAGUGAUAAGAGAAGUAUAGAGAGAGAAAGAGAGAGAGACUUAAUGAUAUAAUUUUAAUUAAAUUGCUUCGCCUCUCUCUCUCUCUCUCUCUUUUUCUCUCUCUCUCUCUAUCUAUCUAUCUAUCUAUCUUUUUCUCUCUUUCUCUCUCUAUCUUAACAUUUUUUUAUAAUUCUUUUAUAUAUACUUCAUAGUUGGUACUUUUGUUAUUAUAUUUACAUUUGCAUUUACAUUUACAAUUCAUAUUUCUUUUUCUUAUCAAUAUGGUACACUCCUGUACCUUGCAAAUAUCAAUAUUGCUCUCUCCCUCUCUCUGUUUUUCUCUCUUUAUCUUUUUCGGAAUUCUUUUCCUUUUAAAAUUCUACCCAGAAUAACAAAUGCUUAUAAAUUGCAAGGCUUUGUAUUUACGUACGAUAGAAAUAUUAAUAAUUGUUUUCUUUUUCCUUCUUCUUUUUCUUCUUUUCUUACGCGAUAUUUAACGCGUAGUUAACGACGCUCGUACGGCUCUCUCUGUAACGACGCGAAAAUUUUAUUCCGUUCGACACAUCGCAGAUUAAUCAAAGGUGCAUGGAAAAGUUAAAAGGAAGGAAAGCAAAAAAAAAGAGGGAGAGAAAAGAGAACGGAAGGAAAUAAAAAAGAAUGAAAAAUAAAUAAAUAAAAAGAAUGAAAGAUAGAAAGAAAGAAAGAAAGAAAGAAAAAUACUAAAACAGAAAUACGUGCACGUUUCGGUCGUUCGACGAACGGUAGGUACGUAUAUUGAAUUCAGGAAACGAGCAUUGAAUUCAUGGCACGAGAUCCGAACGUUCGAGCGGGAAAAUAUGAACGACGAAAAAGUAGAAGGGAAAUUUUGAAAAGAAGUUUCUCCAUCAAAAUCGACGUGUACAACCUUGUUUUUUGUGCUUUCUCGAUACUUUUUUUCACGUUUUUUUUUUUUCUUUUUCUUUUUGUAUCUUUUUCCUUUUCCUUUCCUUUUACAUCCCGUGAAAGCUUGUAAUUACUCUUAUAUCCUCGUAACGAAAGAGAUAUUUCUCUUGGCUUUUAGUAAACAAAAGAUGAAAAAGAGAGAGAGAAAGAAAAACAGAAAAAGAAAGAGAAAGAGAGAGAGAGAGAGAACUAAAAUGAUAACCGACGAAAUGAUGCAACGAUCAAAGACCACGCAUGCGUUUAAACAUCAAUCUCGAAAAUACAAAUGUCUUUUUAUUAUUUUUCCCAUGUUUUAUACAUUGACGACUCGAUAUUAUACGCUUCAAUUCUCUCCUUUUUUCUCUCUCUCUCUGUCUCUCUCUUUUUUCUAUCAUGUACCAAUAGGAAAUUUUAAUAAUCUUUUAUCGUUAACAUCUAUGUAGCUUAAUACCAAUUUACAUACAUCGUAUCUGAAAAAUUUACGAUGAUAUGAACGAAAACGACGAGGGAUGUUGAAAAUGUCGAAUGAUUUGCAAAAAACGCGAUUGACGGAUUGGAAUAAAUAAAUAAAUAAAUAAAAAAGAAAAAUUUAGAGACAGGAAACGGUAAGAAGAAAGGUACAUAGUAGAGAGGUCAGAGUAUUAAAGAUAACGAGUAAAUAUACACGGCAUAUCUGCUUAAAGCGUCCAAAGAUAUCUUCCCGACGUAUACUCGACUUCACUUAAUCGAAUACGUAUUCGUAGCUCUUCUCGAUGUCCGAAUAAAUGCGAUAAAUACGCUUUUAGUUAAUGAUAAGUAUACACGAAAGAAGAAAGGAUCUUUAAAUGGAAGAAGUCUGAUAGACGAACGAACGUCCAAAUAUCGUUUCCGUUAUUCCAAAAAAAAAAAAAAACAUUUAAUCUAAGAGAAUAUAACGUGAAUUAGUAAAACAUGUACAAAGAUGUGCGUGCGUACGUCUAUUAAAUAGUAUAUUAUAAGAAAGUUUCAAGAAAAAAAGUAAAAAAUUUUACACAUAGUUAUGCAUUAGCAUGUUAAUAUCAGCAGUACGAGAGCUGUUUUUUUGAAAGCGUCGAUCACGUAAUAACAUACACAUACAUAUAUACAUGCAUACAUACAUACAUACAUACAUAUAUACGUACAUACACGUAUUAGACACUAGAAUCAUUUUUUCGAAAAAAGAAAAAAACAAAACGCCUAUAUCCAACGCGUUUAAAUUAGAUGUUUGAAAUAAAAGAAAAACAGCAAGUUUUCGAUCGCUUGGGAGAUUCAAUAUUUCGAAAAAGAUUAUUUACGAAUUAUUUAUCGUUGGGAGUGGCAAGUCGAUCGGUAGAAAUCGAUAAGUCAUCAUCGUAAAACGAAGGGAGAAAAGUCGAAUUGUUCUCUAACAUUUCUUCCAAACUGUAUCUACUUGUCUUAUUUUCUUUUCUCAUUUUUACGAUUUGACCCUUUCUUCUCUUUCCUUUUCUUUUCAUUUUUUUAUGUUUUAUGUAUUAUUCUAUUCGUCAUUGUUCACCUACACGUUUAACUCGAAGUCCGAUCGACUAGCUAUAACAAACGAAAAAAUAUAACGAACGAAAUAACGAACGAUUAAUCGAAUACGUCUGGACACGCACGCUCAACGUGUUCCCAUUUUUCUCAAAUCUCAACGAUCGAGCGUUCCGAACGCUAUAAAACCAAAAAAAAAUGGGGGGGAGAGAGAGAAAGAAAGAGAGAGAGAGAGAGAAAGAGAGAGAGAGAGAGAGAGGGAGAGAAGCAGAAACGCUUAUUAAGCGAUCACGUCGUCGUAAAUAUUGAUCGUUACCGCAUCGCAAUUCCUCUCACCCUGUUUCCUACCCUCCUAGAUGUGCUUUUAAUGACGUAAAAAGACACAGGAAACAGAUAAUACUAAAUAGAAAAAAAGGGAAAAAGAAAAGGAGACAAAAGAAGAGAAAGAGAAGGGGAGAGAGACGAAGGAUGAUCUCGCAUAAAUUUACACCAAUUUUUUACAUUACGAUUUUGUACGAAUAAAAUGUGGUUAAAUAUCGUUAAGUAAAGAACGAUCAUCGCUUAUCGUAUACUUACAUAUGUUACGUCGUCGAUGAAGAAAAAGGAGGAACUUUAAAAAAAUAAAAAAGAAAUAUGAAUGGGAGUAAAAAAGAAAGGAAAAAAGAAAAAGAAAAAAUAAGUACGACCACGUAAGUACUUACUUUGAUAUUCAAUAAUACCAUCGAGGCGAUAACAAACGAUUCAUUUUCUUCAACAUCGUUAUAUAUUAAUUACUGAUUAAUUAAAUGGAAUCAUAUAAAUAUGAAAAAAAAAAAAAAUUAAACCGCGCAUGGGAUUUUACGAUAGAGAGUUAAACGAUAGAGAGAACAUCUUUCAAAUAGAAAUAAAAUUUUCGCUCGGAAAUUAAUCGAAAAAUAUUUGCAAAGAGGGGAAAGACUCGAUUGAAAUUAGAAAAAACGAGAGAGACAGAAAGAGAGAGAGAAAAAAAAAGGGAAAAAGUGUCACCAUCAUAAAUCGUUUCUUCAUUUUCUCGUCUCCUCUUCCCUUUUCGUCGCUGUCAUAAUAAUUUUUCUAGUAGCAUAAAUAGAAAACUUGGACGAAGAUUUCGAGUCUUCCUCGCUUUUACAUAAGAGCUUUGCAAGAGCUUUACAAUAUGUCACUUUUUAAGACGAAUAAUAUAAUAAUGGCGAAUAUAUAUACGUACUUACAUACAUAGAACAAUUAGAUCUCUUCGAGCAUGAUAUUAACGAUUAAUCGAUUACAUAUCCCGUUAUCAAAACCUGUCCAACAUUUCGAAAAAGAUUCGAGAAAUCGUGUAAGGAGGAAAAAGAUAAAUGUUCGGAUAAAAAUACGACGAUAUAACAAAGCUCGAAUUUACGAUAUAACUGCAAAGAAAUAACAUGAUUCGAACGAAAGAAGAACGUCUUUUCGGAUAUUCCAUACCGAUGGUGCAGUGGCAGCUGCUCGUGAAUUUAUUAUGGCUGCCAUGAGAAAAGAUAUGAUUUUUCGUGAGACGUCGCGAAAAUAAUUCGUAUUAAAUUCGUGACAUCUUGGAGUAUUAAGCCAAUAGUUUCCAAAUUAUCAGAUAUUUUCUGACAUUAAUGGGUAUGUAUGUAUCUAUGUAUGUAUGUAUGUGUAUAUAUAUGUACGUUUGUAUGUAUGUUGCGUGUGUGUAUAUUCGUAUAGAUAUUAUAUUUAUUUUUUAAUACAGAUUUUUCAAUGCAAAUUAAAUUUAUUGCAAAUCAUGUUCGACAAUUUGCAGAUCAAAUUCGAUUCAUAAAUCAAGUUUUUUUUACAAAAUUUGUCUUCAAGACUAUCGUCUUUCAAUUUUGUGCAAUAAAAAGCAACAUUGAGUCAAAUCACAAUUAUCCGUAAAUUAUAAGAAUUUUAAAAAUCCAUGUAAUCGAGUCCCGUCUAAAGAUUUCGUAAAAAAGUAAAACUACUUUGAUCUUAUUUUACUGCAUGAGAGAAAGAUGUAAUUUUUAUUACAUGAAUAUGUAUAUGAAAUUACUAACAGCUGCUUCAAGAGUACCAUUAUAGAUUAAGUUGUAUAUAAAUUAUUAAGUAUGUUCUUACAGUUUUCAUAUUACGUUCACUUAUAAACAUGUUUUUUAAAUUUCAUAUGUAAUGAAUUGAUAAUUAUUAUUAAAUAUGUACUUUACCUACAUCUUUGUAUUACGUACAAUAAAAUUUGGAAUUUCUUAACAAUAAAUUUACAUUUCAUUUUACUGUUAUUAAAAGAGAUUAAGAAAACAAUUUUGUAGAAAAGCUCGGUUUGCAAAAGUGCAAAUAUGAUUUGUAAACGAAUGAAUGUGAUUUGCAAAAAAAAUUGAAUUUCACUUGAACGUAAAAUCUGUAUGAUUGAAAAGUAUAUUAAAUAAUUUUCGGAUUUCAAAAAAGUAUGUCGUUCGAAAACGACCGGACUAAUUUAAUUAAAUAUCUUCAUUUUAUUAUAAUUUGUGAAAUACUAUACAUUUCAUCAUCAAUUCACAUAUAUAUAUAUAUAUAUAUAUAUAUAUAUAUAUAUAUAUUUAUCAAUAUUAUUUUAUGCAAUUUUUAAUGAGAGCAAACAUUUCUUUUUAGAAAAGACUGAUACGUCUAUUCAAAACGUAUGAAAGCCACUGCUUUCCACGGUAACGAGUCGGAUUUUUAUGGAAAACAUUAGGAUUGUUCGUAGAUCUUUUGUACAAAAUAGUACACAAAGAAAAAAAAAGAAAGAGAGAGAGGGAGAGAUAGAAAGAUAGAGAUAGAGAGAGAAAGAGAGAGAGAGAUAGACAGAGGACUCUCGAAAGUCGCUUUUUCUCAUUACUUCCGGAAAGUUGACAGAGCCAUAGCUGGAGGCCGAUAUAUUCGAGCUUGCAGCGGGUCCUUUGUACGGAAUAAAGCGAGCUUUUUCAGUACAACGAUCCGUUUAGUUACGGUAUUUUGAGAACUCGAUGAUGGGUAGAGGAUGCAAAUAAAGAAAGUGAAAGAGAAAGAGAGAAAGAGGGAGAACGUAUGUGUAUGUGUGUGUGUGUGUCUAUAUAUAUAUAUAUAUAUAUAUAUAUAUAUGGUCGGUUGAAUAACUCUUAUAGUGAACAUAUGCUUUGAUAAAAGUUAAGCGACUAGAAAAAAAUACACACAUAUAUACAUACAUGCACAGUUCUUCGUAACGUGCCUCGCAAGCUACCUCGAUCAAGUUUCCAGAAACUGUUGAAAAACGACCUUUCUUUUUCUCCUGUAAUGAUCAAACUAUACUUCUAUUUUUUCUUUCUUACUUUUUUUGUUUUUAUUCUAAAAAAAAAACAGAGUAUGAAGCAAAACAAAAAAUUUCCGGAAUUACUCUGGAAUUCAUUAGAAGGAGAUUUAUAUGUAUAACAUUCGUGGUGAUCGUCGGUGAGAAUGUCAAACACAGACAAAGUCCGUGAAAUCGGCCGAUUUCUUUUUGAAUCAGCUUUAUUAUGAUAAUAUAAUAAUAAUAUUAUUAUUAGUAACGAUUGUAGUAAUAGUAAAAAUAAUAGUAAUGAUGGUAAAAAUAACAGGGACGUAGGACGAUUAGCGAGAUAGUUCGCGUGUCGCUGUCCAGUCCAAUUUGCCAAAAUUACGUACUAACAAAUAAGUCUUGGUGUCUCUCAUCGUUAGAUCUGGACAGCUAGGCCAUGUGCUUCAACCACGCAAGGCUUUCGUGCUUUAAAAGCUCGACACCGACACUCGCAAGCUCGUUUUUUUUUUUUUCUUUUUUUCGCCGAGUCAUAUCGAGCCGCCAAUUACGAUCAAUUAAGAUCCUUAUCCUUCGAAUCAUUCAUCUAUCGUUGCUUCGAUCGAGUGCAAAUUUUUUAUUCAAAAUGACUGAGGAAUAAGAAAUUACUAUUAUUUUAUGUUAUCACUUUUAUUACUGUUAUCAUUAUCAACAGUUUAUCCAUAGAAUGGAAGUUAAAUUUAAUUUCAUUAUGAAAACGAUUUAAAAGAUCUCAGGACGAUAAACUAAAGUGGCCGUCGUUUAGGUUUCAUUCGUAUUUGGAAUAAAAGCUUGCGAUUGUAAUAAUAAUGCAUUGUAACUUCGAAAAAACUUCUCUUCGUAAAACUAUAGAAGAGGGUAAAAAAAAAAAAAAAGAAAAGAGAGAGAAAAGAUUCAAUUAAUAACUUCAUUUUAUAAAAUCUAUUUAAGAAAAGUUUUUCAAUUAUAUCUCGCGUUUCUUUUUCUUUUUCUUUCAUUUUUUUUUUGUUUUUCUUUUAAUAACUACUGAACAAUGUAGAAACAAUCUUUUUUUAAAAGUUGUGAUUUGCAAUGUGUUAAUAUUAAAAUAAUGAACUCUUCGUCCUAAAUACGAAAAAAAAAACGCUUUGAAAGGGUCGUUCGAUUCUUCGACUACCCCUUUUUCCAAUUUAUUAAAAAAAAAAUAAUAAAAGAAUAAAAAAAGAAAGAAAGAAGGAAGGAAAGAAAGAAAGAUCACAAACUAUUCGCUUGUCAGCUACGAUUCUUGGACCAAUUUUUCGCGCUCGUAAAAUCGAUCUAUUGAAGCCGCGUGUACGUACACAUCCUUUUUUUUUAUCUUCCUUUCUCUCCAACAACGAGAUCGGCAACGUCGAAAUAACGCGCUCGAGGAUAUUUUCUCUCGCUGGAAAAAAAAAAAGGAAAAGAAAAAACUUUGUUGUACGCUUUAAAGCAGAGUUGUCCAAGCUGCGGACCGCGAGUCGCAUCGGGCCCAGUAGAGCAAAUAAAACCGGCAAACAUAGGGACAAAGAAUGCGAUGAGAAAAUAAAAAAAAAAAAAAGAACAAGUUAUAUACAUUCGCUAUAUUGUAUUUUUCAUUUCUCGUAUAUGCGGUCGAGAUCAACCGAAAAGAUUGGAUACCCAUGCUUUAAAGUAAACUUGACGAUAUAGGAGAGGAAACACUCGUUGAAAAAAAAAUUCGUAGAGAUUAAUUAACUCCGAACGUAUACACAUAGACAUAUACGUAGUAUGACAUUGUAUAUAAUAUUGCAUAUGAUAUUGCAUAUAAGAUUCUUAUGCAAUUUUCAAGAAUAUUAGAUCUAGAUUUUUUUCCGAUGACGUUAGACGAUGAUAAUGAUAAUAAUGAUAAUAAAAGAAAAAAGAGAAGAAAAAAAAAAAGAUAAAAAAGAAAGAGAAAAACACAGAAGAAGAAGAAGAAGAAACGAUGGACGAAGAAAGAUAAAAGAAAAAGAAAAAAAAAGGAAAGAAAAUACAUAUUGGAAAGAUAAAAACGAAGAAAAAUGAAGUGAAACUCGAACUCUCAUAAUUUUCUUAUAAAUUGAAAUAUCUUUCCGGUGUGAGAUUAGAAACGAAAAUCGCUUUUCCACUUUUUUUCUUAAUUCCUGAACGAUCGUCCGAUGAUUUUUCCAAAAAAUAUCAAGGCUAAUAUCGUAGCCUCGAAUAUUAGACUUAUUGAUACACAAUUAUUAUGCGCCGAACGCGAGCAAUUUCGAAUUGAAAACGCUCUUGGAAUGCUAAAGUAUGGCGAUAACAUUGGAAGAUUCCUUUUGACGCCUAUGCUCAAUUUUACCUUUCGCCAAUGAAUAUAUAUAUAUAUAUAUAUAUAUAUAUAUAUAUAUAUAUAUAUAUAUAUAUAUAUACAGACAGAGAGAGAGAGAGAGUUAUGUGUUCGUAUACAAUAUACUAUAUAGAGAGUCUCGUUUAUUAUACGAAGGAAGGUGUCAAAAAAUAACGUGGCGGAAUAUUUGACUCUUUGAGAUAAUAAAUAACUUUUUCCUUGAUCGAUUCUUCGUGUUGUAAAAAAAGAAAAAUAUUUAAACAAAAAAAAGAAAAGAAAAUAAAAAAAAGAAAAAAAAAUUCGUGAAUAUAUUAAAUGGAAAGCUAUAUAUCAUAUACACACAUAUAUAUACAUAUGUAUGUAUAUAGCGAUUCAGAGCAAUGACUUUACGCUCUUUAGUAUUAAGAAUUGAGAAAACAGGAAAAUGAUCAUUUUUAUGACUCAUUGUAUUUUUCAUUCGGAAUGAAGAAAUUCAUUAAUCAUUAGGAAAAUCGAUAGAAGCUGUUGAAAUAGAGAUAAAAAAAAAAGAGAAAAGGAAAAGAGAGAGAGAGAGAGAGAGAGAGAAACGAGCUCAUAGUGCGAUCGGAUUUAUGCGAGCGUAGGUCAUUCUUUCGUAACUUUGAUACGAUUUCUUUUCUACAUACCUAUUUCUUACUCGAAAAAUAUGAAAGAGAUCAAAAAAAAAGGAAACGAAAAAUAUGGAAAUUAAAUAUGUACAUAUUAUCGAUCGCGAAGAAGCGUGAAUUUUAAUAGAACAAGUUCCUCAAUUUGAAUUUUUCUCUCGUAAAACUGGCAAAAAUACGAAUUUAUCAUUCGAUGACGGCGCCAGUUUCAACACCAUUGGAUUAGAUGACAGAACUUAAUUGCUAUUAUUUUUAUCAUUAUUAUUAUUAUUGCUGUUAUUGUAUUUAUUGUUGUUGUCGUCGUUACUUAUUAUUAUUAUUGAUGAUUAUUAUUUGUAUUAUUAUAAUUAUUAUUAUUAUAAUUACUAUCAUUAUUGUCAUCGCAUAUAAAAAAUUAUUAUGCUAGAAACGUAAAGUUUAGAAUUUUCGUCGGACUUCUUAUCGACUAUUUCGAUAGCGUAUAUACAUACAUAUACCUAUACAUAUAUAUACAUAUACACAUAUUAUACAAAAAUUAGAUACACACAGACAUAUGCGCGCGAGCGCAUAAGUAUACAUAUACAUCAAUACAUACAUACAACGUAUAUAUCGCGAAGACGAUGAUCUUUUGACAAUGAAACAUUGCGCAGAAAAAAUUAUUGUCCAUUAGAAAAUGGUGAGUGGAUCAAGUAGAUAUUAAAGAAACCAAAAAGUUAAAGAAAAAAUAAAAAAAAAGAGAUGAAGAGAAAGAGAGACAGAGAGAGAGAGAGAAAAAAAGAAAGAAAGAAAGAAAAAGAAUAUUAAACAAAAGAUAUUCUAAUCAACAUCGAAACCUCGCGCAAGAUCGAGCCGAUCGUCGUGUUGAAUUAUUCCUAUUAGUUUUAUUUUUUGAUCAAGAGGGUCUGCGAUCGAUCGGCGGACAUAUUUUCGACGAGUAUACUUCCGUUUAUCGAUUUGAACGCCAUUGACACAUUGAGAACGUACUCUCUUCAAUAAAAAAUUUAUGAGACCGAGACAAAACGGUCUUGAUGAUAUCACAUAUAAUAUCAUCAUCAUCGUCAUUAUUAUUAUUAUUUAUGUUUUAUCUCGGGUACCUAGAUAACCGAACUUUUAAAUCAUUUGUUGGAACAAAUAAAUCCUCGAUACAGAAAUCUUAUAAGACAUUAAUAUUUCAUUUUUAUUUACCAUUAUUAUUUGUUUCUAUUAUUUUUAUUAUUAUCAUUGUUGUUAUUAUUAUCGUUAUUGUUGUCAUUAAAGUGUCAGGAAGGGAAUAUUUUUAAACGAGAAGAAAGAAAAAUUCUGUCCUCUCUUUUCUUUUCUUCAUUUUGUUGAAUUCGAAGGUAGAUCAUAUUAAACGAGUCGAUUUAUUACUUCUUAAGCGAUCGUUACUCGAUGCUCGUUGUUCAUUAUCAUAUAAAUGAGCGAUAAUGAGUGAAUGAAUAAAUGAAAGAAAAAGAAAAAGAGAGAGAGAAGAAUAGAAACGGUGUAAAUAAAAAACGGUGGCUGUGAAUGGAUUUCCAAGAUCGAAUAUUAUAAGAGUCCGUUUCGAGAGAAAAAGAGAAAGAGAGUUAUCGAGCGAACUUUCUAAUACCAUCGAGCACGAAUUUGAAAAGCAAUAAGAGAAAGAGCACGAGAAGGGUAUUAUUGAUGAUGGUGGUGAUAGUCCUGGCUAAGAUGAUGGGCACAUGCGCUCGAUAUCGGCUAAAUCGUUCAAAAUCGAAAAGCAAUAAGUACGUACUCGAUAGAGUGAGGAAGAAAGAAAGAGAAGGAGAAAGGGAGAUAGAGAGAGAGAGAGAGAGAGAGAGAGAGAGAGAGAGAGAGAGAGAGAGAGAGAGAGAGAGAGAGACAGAGAGAGAGUAAAUAGCUAUAUACAUAGGUGAUCGAACGAAAAGACGAAUAAAUUUUAGCGAAAGUCUAAAUCGUUUUAAAAGGGAUCUCGAUAGGGGUUCGAGAUCUUCGUUCGAGUGAAUCGAAGUAGGAACGAGAGUGUUAUCCUCGAUCGAUCGCGCCUAUAUUAUCUUGACAAACGAAAAAUUAUCAAAUGAUAUGGAAAGAAAGAGAAGAGGGGAAUGUGUAUUUCCAAUAUUGUAAAAGGUCUCGUUUAGAAUUCAUAAUCGCGUACUGUGUGAGUGAAAAAGAUAGAAAUAGAGAGAAAGAGCGAGAGAGAGAGAGAGAGAGAGAGUAAUUGUAUAUAGAUAUAAACAUUUUUGAGUCUUCCUGCGCGGGGCUUCGAUCAAUGCUAAAGCACGAAUUAAUUAAUUAAUUAACGAGUCCGAAACGCGGUGUGACUGAUUUAAUUUAAUUACAGGCUACGAGAAAGCCACUUUUGCUGCGAGACUAUUUAAAAAUAUGGUGAGGGAAGAAUUGUAAUAGUGUAAUUCCGUUUACUCCCACCAUGAAGUACACCAAGAAGCGCGGCGUUUUAUGCAAAAGCCCGAUCAGCGGAUCCCAAUUUGUUGUUUUAUCCUGUUGGACGUGUGUACAAUAGUUCGUAAGAGGACACACAGAAACGAAAAGAAAAGAAGAAAGAAAAAAAAAGAUAGAACGAAACCAAACAAGAAAAAAAGAAAAGAAAGAACGAAAUGGGACAGAUAGAACGAAGAAAGAAAAGGACGAAUUUAUUUUUUGAUAUCCGAGAUUCGUAAGCUUCUCUUGUCGUCUUGUUGCCUUUAUUUUUCUUUUUCGUUUUUUUUUUCUUUUUAUUAUUAUUAUUAUCCAUUUUUUUUCACCUAAGAACACGAGAAAAGUAACGAAACGGCAAAGGGACUUGCGAUUAGUUUAGUCUACUUUGUUCGUGGCGAUGGUUAAAGGCCAGCCUCCGGCGGGACGCGGUUUAGAAGCUGUCCUGCUUUUGCUUCUCCGACGACCUGGUUGGCACGAGAUAGUGGUUUUCAAACUCUAACGCUCAUCUCCAACCCAAGGGUAUUACGAAAUACUUUUUCGAAAAGGUUUAUGUAUGUCCCAAUAAAUAACACACCAUUUAUGUUUAUUUUCGUAGAGAAUAUUCCGACAUUUUAUAUCAAACAUUCCGUGUUAUUACUUUUUCUUUCUUCUUUCUUUUUAUUAUUUUUUGUAUUAUUCAUUUUAUUUGUCAUUAUCUCGACGUACGUAUCUAUUCGUCAAUGAAAAGUUCGUUAACAUUAAUCGUUUUAAUGGAAAAUUGUAAUUUUGUUAAAACGUGAUAUAUCAGAAGACACUUAAGUCGGUGUCGUUUUAAAACGAAAAUUCUAAAUGUCCUGAUAUUUUUUUUUUUUUUAAUAAAGAGAGACGAAAUUUUCUCACUUCGAAAGAAGAAUUUGAAAACCACUGAAUUAAAAUGAAAUAACUCGCGUCAGAAGUUAUUUUUGUUUUGAUAUUCGCGUGACCCGUUAUAUCUCUCGUCUUUUUUUGUCUCUCUUUUUUUUUUUUCUUUUUCUUUACCAUAUAAUUUACAACCUCGCGAGUGGCGAAAAGAGAAAAGAAAAGAGAAGACGAGAGGGUUAAAAAAAAAGGAAAAUGAUAGGUCCAAGCCAUUUUAUGCCGUGUCGAGCUUACGUUCCUUCCGGAACUUUGUUCGAAAACUCGAGAAUUUCAUUUUCGAGGAAAAGAUAAUAUAUUAACGAUGUACGACGUGAGGAGAAAGAGAGUGAUAAUAAAAAGAUUAAUCAAUCUUUCUGAGGCGAAAGAUCGACGGAUUUUUAUUAACCAUGAGAGAAAAAAAGAAUGAAGAAAGAAAAGAAGAGAGAGAGAGAGAGAGAGAGAAAGAAAGAGAAAAUAAGUAAGGAUUUUCUAAAGAUACUGUUCAUUGAUUUUCCGUCCACCUAGGAAAGUGUGCGAAUUAUACAUAUACGUGAUCGCUAAUCGGGUUUUGUUCCAAGAAAAACGCACGUUUGUUAAUUAAAAUAAUUAAUAAUAAUACGCGAGAGGGUUAAUACUUUGAAUUUACAAUAUAUAUGUAUGUAUACAUAUAUAUUUAAUACGAUAUGAUAUGUACAUAUAUAAAUGAAAUUAUAUAUGUACAUCCAUGUCGAUUUUAUCUUAGAGAAAUAUAAGUUGUAAUUUAACGUCGAGAUACGUUUGUCGCAUAUUAUAUAAAAAAAAAAAAAUAAUAAUAAUAAUAAUAAUAAUAAUAAAAGAAUAAAAGAAUUAAAAGAAAAAAAAAGAAAGAAAAAACAAAAAACAAAAAAAAUAGAUUAAGUGCUUUAGAGAAUUUUCAGAAGCGCAAUACGUCAGAUUAAAUGACGAAAACGUGAAACACGCGCAUACAUACACACACACACACACAGUUAUUUGUGUAUGAACACAAACAUAUAUAUAUACACACAUACAUACACACAAAUACAUAUAUACAUACAAAAUAAAAAAAUAAAUAAAAAAGGGAUAUAUGCGGACCAUAGCCUAGCGAUUAGGCAAUUUCUUAAAAUCGAUGUUAUUAUUAUAAUAUCUGUAUAUUGUAAUAACGUGGGGUAUAUCAUUCAAAUCAAUAUUGAUUUUUCUCGUCCCUUUCCAUAAAUGUAUUUGUACCAAUAUUUCGAAUAUAACGAAAAUAAAAAAUAUAGAUAUAAUCUCGUUGUACGCUACGACGAUAAAGUGCGCGAUACGAAAAACAAUGAGGUAGCCAUUUUUGAGAAAAGAAAAGAAAAGAAAAGAAAAGAGAAGAGAAGAAAAGAAUGCAACAAAAAAAGCAAAUAGAUAACCGACGGUCGAAGAAAAUUCGAUCGAACAGAAUCGUGAAUAUGUUUUUGGUUGCGUUGCGCGAUAUUUCGUCAUACCGAUAAGACGUAUCGUUCUUAAUAUCGAACGCGUAUAAUCGAUGGGUUUGAAUAAGAAAAGCAUGAAUAAUUUUCAUAAGAAGAAGAAGAAGAAGAAGAAGAAAAAGAAGAAGAUGAGGAAGAAGAAAAAGAAGAAAGGAAUUAUCAGCAAGAACAAAGAACAAAGAAGAAUGACAUAUUGUCGUUUGAACGAUAAACGACGCAUAGUCAUUUCUCGUUUAGGUUUAUACACUUACAAAGAUAAAAGUAAGUAAAUAAGUACGUUAAUUCGAGUAUCGUGAUUCGUCGAAUGAAGGAACGAUAUCGGCGCACGAUAUCUUGUAUAUUCGCUGUAUAGUGAAUGAAAUUUGCAUUUAAGAAGGAUUUUUGUCAUUUGAUCGCUAAAACGCGAUACCACAUUCGCAAUUAUGUGUCAUCCUAAUAGAGAUCUAAUCAAUCGCCGUUCAUCCAAAGAGACUUACUUCUUUUUAUUGGAUUUCGGCAAUCCUCGUAGAUCGUUUUUCUCCUCUUACAUAAUACAUAAAUAUUUAGAAAUUUAUUCGAAAGCGCAGCGCACCUUGCAAUACGAUAUACAUAAAAAUAAAAUAAAAUUUUGUCGUGCGAAUGCCUCCUUUUCUACUUUUUUUUUUUUUUUGGAUCUUUUUUCUUAUUCUUCCCUUUUCUCUUUUUUUUUUAGCGUUAUUAUAUUAUUAUUGUUAGGCUUCUUGCGGAUAUAUCGUCGAUAGCGGAUUAUUAAUAAAUAAAUAUUUCAAAGGAAUCGUGUAAAACAGAAGAUAAUAUGUAUAAUAAGCGAAAUAAAGCGUCAGUUAAAUUUUA